UCCGAACCUGACGCCAGUGGGCAUGCGCAGUAUGUCUCCUUCACUUUGUCCUGCAGUAGUUAGGAGUCAAAUCUGAAAUACAGUAAACUCUAAAGCUUUUGCUUUCUCACAUCAUCAUCUUCUCUCGAUCACAACAACAGCAUCAUCGACACAAUGGCUGUUCCUCCUGCAUACUCUGAUCUGGGCAAAGCAGCCAAAGACAUUUUCAACAAGGGUUACGGUUUUGGCAUUGUGAAGUUAGACCUCAAGACGAAAGCUCAGAAUGGAGUUGAGAUCAACACAUCUGGAUCCACCAACACUGACACAGGAAAAGCUGGUGGGACUUUGGAGACCAAGUAUAAGAUGAAAGAUCUUGGUCUGAGCUUGAACCAGAAGUGGAACACUGAUAACAUGCUGACCACAGAGAUCUCUGUGGAAGAUCAGCUCGCACAGGGUUUAAAAGUGGGAUUGGAGACGUCUUUUGUACCGAACACAGGAAAGAAGAGCGGUAAGCUGAAGAACAGCUACAAGCGCGAGUUCAUCAACCUGAGCUGUGACGUGGAUUUCGAGGGCCCGGUCGUGCACUCCGCCGCAGUUCUGGGCUUUGAAGGGUGGCUACUUGGAUACCAGAUGGCAUUUGACACAGCCAAGUCCAACCUCGUGCUGAAUAACUUUGCUCUGGGGUACAAGACCGGAGACUUCCAGCUUCACACCAACGUUAAUGAUGGAGCCGAGUUUGGAGGUUCGGUCUAUCAGAAAGUGAACGAUCGACUGGAGAUGGCCAUCACUUUGGCUUGGACCGCCACCAGCAACAACACACGCUUCGGAGUGGCUGCAAAGUACCAGUUAGAUGCAGGCGCCUCUGUGUCUGCCAAGGUGAACAACAACAGUCUGAUAGGAGUGGGUUACUCUCAGAGUCUAAGACCCGGAGUCAAACUCACUCUGUCAGCUCUCAUCGACGGGAAGAGCUUUAACACCGGCGGACACAAAGUCGGACUGGGCUUUGAGCUGGAAGCGUAGCUGCGCUUCCACACCCUUCACCCAAUCCUGGAAUAAUUGAACACCCCAUCACACUCUAACACUCGAUGACUAAGAACUCUUAGCAUGUUGAUGAUUGCCUGUAAGGCACUUAAGGAUCUGAUUCCGGCCAAGCAAAAGAUCUGCCCUUCUAAGGGAAAUAUUUGUCGUCUAAUUGAUUAUGUAAGGAUGUUUGAUACAAAAAUCAAAUGAGGGCUGUAUUUGUGCAGAGCACCUGGGGUAAACCAAAAUACACAAGUAGUGAUAGAUUUGCAAGCACUGUGCGUAUACUACGUAUUAGACAUAUUUGAAGGCUUUUUUGCCGCGUGAGUGUGCGUGAGAGAAGUUUAGUAGAUGCAUGGCAGUUGCUUGUGGUUUUUUCUCAGAGAGAGCUGGGCGACACACUUGAAGAGCUUAAUCUCGUGUUAUAGUCACAGGAAACCGAACAAACUAUGUGUAAUUAUAGAGUAUGCACACUUCCUCACACCCUUAUUGACCAUAAGAGAGCAACAUUCUGCACCAAGAUCAAACUUCAUUUUUAAAGAGAGAAUUUACCCCAAAAGGAAAAUUCAGACAUCAUUUAUUGGCCAUCCUGACUUAAAAUAUCUUUCUUUGUGUUCCACAGAAGAAAUAAAAUCAUAAAGAUUUGUAAAGAAAGUCAAACGAGGUUUCACGUUUUUCAGUUGCUGACGUUCUUCAAAAUAUCUUCUUUUGUGUUCUGCAGAAGAAAGUCUUACAGGUUUGACAUGAUGAUGAGUAGUUGAUGUAAGAAUUUUCUUUUUUGAGUGAACGAUCCCUUCGCUGUGUGAUCACAGACAUUGAUACGUAAACUGACAUCUUGUUCACAUGUCGUUCAUAAACGGAUUCUCUCGUAGUCCGAUUGAAAUGAAUGCCACAGAUUAUGCAAGAAUGGAUUUAUGAAUGAUAUUCAGAUUUACAUUCAUUCCUUCUGUUUCACCAAAGCACUUACUAUGAACACACAUUUGACUCUUAUCUUUGCUGAAACCUCAUUCUGUCCAACUUGAAAGAUGAGAGAUUCCAAUAAAUGAAAAAGAAAAAGUUG